GUCUCUCCUACUACUAGAUCUUUCAAGUCGUUCUUUCGUUCGGGAAUUGAGCUUUAGGAAACACGUGUAGAGGACCAUACGCACACUGUGCUAUAAGAAACAAUUGUUUUAAGUAAUUUUUUUGGAAGGUGUAAGUGUGUUCCACUUCAAGUGAAAUUUGAGAAUAUGAACUUUUCAUCAAAUGAAGCUAUAGAUGCAGUGGAGUUUUGGGACAAAACAGUAGAAUUGAUUGGAUAUAUAUCAAACAUUAUACCCAGAAGAAUUGCUGGCAAAAGCGAAUGUUUCAAAUUUUAUUUAAAUAACAAUAAUGGAAAAAAAAUCCAAUGCGUUGUUUGGGGGAAGGAUGACAUUGAUAUUUUGGAAAGAAAAAUUAUAAAAAAUUCGAUUCUUCACAUUGAUGGAGGUUGUGCUAGAGUUCCAUCAAAACCAGAGUACAACUAUGGAAAUGUAAGAUAUGAAUUACAAUUAUCUGCAAAAACAAUGAUCAGUCAAAUAGGGAUGCAUACAAUUGAAGAUGAUGCAUCGUUCGACCUUAGUGUGAUAUCACUUGCUGAUGUCAUUCAUCACGAAGGAGAAAGAAUAAAAGUUUUUGGAUAUCUAAAGAGUAAAUUCAUAGAAGAAAAAAUAGGCACUCUUAGAAACAUUGGAACCUACGGCUGUGGAUCCAUAACAGACGGUAAAUACAAAAUGGAAGUGCGUAUUGCCAACUUUAAAAACAAGUUAAAUUGUAAUAAAGGAGAUCCGUUACAUUUAAUUGGACAAAUUAACACACAAGGGGCAAGAAUUUUUCUUCAACUUCAAACGGAAGAAGAUAUUGAAAUGUUAGAGGAACGAGGAUUAUCCCUAACACAAGUUAUCGACGGAUUUAGAGAGAUGAAGAGAGUAAACUCAUGUCAAAUCACAAAAGAAAAUUCGGAAAUUAGUGAAAAUGGAAAAAAUGAAGAAAAUUUAUAAUUUUUAUUUAUUUUGAAAUUGAAGUAACUUUCUUUUUAUUUAAAAUUGAUGAUUUCCAGAAAAGAAAGUAAUUGUUUUUUUAUCAUUUGAUUAUUUUCAUUUUUGAAUUAUAAUAAUCCCUAACAGCAACGGAUAUUCCAUGAUAUCCUACGGACGUCCUAUUCAUAUCCGGAAAUUAGGAUAUCAUAUGGGCCUAUCAGGAUAUCCUGAGAAUAUCUUAGGGAAAUCCUCCUUUCCAGAUAUCCCAAGGAUAUCCGUAUGAUAUCCUAAAUAUCCGAUUGCUCUCAGGGCUUAUUAUUAUAAACAUUUUCACUUAAUAAUAAAAGUAUUAUUAAAAGAUUUAAUUUUGAUUAAUGUAAUUGAGGAUACAUAUCAUAAAAUGGCACAUAUUACAACUUCCGACUCAAAUUCUAAAUUGUAAUGUUAAUGUAUUAAAUUACAUAAUUUAAAUAUAAAACAAGAAAAUGCAAAAAUUGAGCUUAAAAUAAGAACACGUGCCAUUUUAAGUUCCUCACUCUUAACAUGAAGACUUAAAAUAUGUGAUAUUUUUAUUUAAAAGAAAUAUAUUCAUUCAAUAUAUUAUACUACAUAAAGAAUGUUAAGUUUAUUAAAAUAUUAUUUUUCUUAUGUUAUAUUUUUUUCUAUAGUUUCAUUAUAUUUAAAGACUCAUUCAACUUUAAUAUAUAAUGUAAUAUCUCAUAUUAUGUGUCAAUGUAAAAAGUUAAAAAAAAAAAAUAUAUAUAUAUAUAUAUAGAUUUCAAAAAUAUAUAA